GCACAUGCUUCUUAUUUUAUUAUUUUUCUUCAUUGAUCUACACCAAUUCAAAUAUCUAUAUAUACACACAAACAGAUAAUAAUAUAGACUCCUCCUAAACAAGCAUUUACUUCGAGAAAAAAGGAAAGAGAGAAAAAAGCUCAAAAAAUGGGGCUACAACCUCCAAUCCAUCUCUUUCUAGUUUGCUUCCCAGCUCAAGGCCAUAUCAAUCCCAUGCUCAGAUUAGCAAAACGCUUAGCAGCGAAAGGUCUGCUAAUCACCUUCUCUACAACCGAGCACGCCGGCAAAGACAUACGACAAGCCAACAAUAUCAUCGACGACCAACUGACUCCCGUUGGAAACGGUUUCAUCAGGUUCGAGUUCUUCGAAGACGACUGCAUAGAAGACGAUCCGAAACGACGAGACCUCGACUUCUACGUUCCUCAGCUUGAACUCAAAGGCAAAGAAUUCCUACCCGAAACCAUCAAGAGGCACGAGAAAGAAGGCCGUCCCGUUUUUUGCUUCGUGAACAACCCUUUUAUCCCUUGGGUCUGCGAUGUCGCAGAAGAUCUUGGUAUUCCUUGUGCAACUCUUUGGAUUCAAUCCUGUGCCGUUUUCAGCUGUUACUAUCAUUAUUUCCAUAAAACGGUUCCAUUUCCUUCGGAAUUAGAUCCUUCCGUCGAUGUUCAGUUGCCGAAUCUUCCACUUCUCGAAUACGACGAGAUCCCUAGCUUCUUGCAUCCCUCUAGUCCUUAUAAAAUCUUAGGAACCGCCAUUCUAGGCCAGUUCAAGAACUUGUCGAAAUCUUUCUGUGUUUUAGCAGACACUUUCGAUGAGCUUGAGCAUGAAAUCAUCGAAGGCAUGUCAAAGUUUUGUAAAGUGAAAACCGUAGGUCCUCUAUUCAAAAAUCCAAAAGCUUCAGUCUCAAAUAUUCGCGGUGACAUGUUGAAAGCCGACGAUUGUCUUGAUUGGUUGGAUUCGAAAAGUCCGGGCUCAGUAGUAUAUAUUUCAUUCGGAACCAUAGCUUACAUCAAGCAAGAGCAAGUGGAAGAAAUUGCUUACGGACUGUUAAACUCCGGGGUUUCAUUCCUGUGGGUGAUGAAACCACCGGACGUAGCUUUCGGGUACGAUUUACAUGUUUUGCCAGAUGGGUUCAUGGAGAAAAUCGGAACGAGAGGAAAAAUAGUGCAGUGGUGUCCACAAGAACAGGUUCUGGCUCACCCUUCGGUAGCGUGUUUUCUGACUCACUGCGGUUGGAAUUCAACGGUGGAAGCUCUGACUUCCGGCGUUCCGGUGCUGGCUUAUCCUCAAUGGGGCGAUCAGGUAACGAACGCCAAGUUCUUGGUGGAUGUUUAUGGAGUUGGAGUGAGACUGUGUCGUGGUGAGGCUGAGAACAAAGUGAUACCGAGGGAUGUCAUCGGAAAAGCUUUGGUGGAGGCGACGGUGGGGAAGAGAGCGGUGGAGUUGAAAGAGAACGCAACGAGAUGGAAAAAAGCGGCGGAGGAAGCCGUUGCGGAAGGUGGAUCUUCCGAUCGGAAUAUUCAAGAUUUUGUGGAGGAGAUUCGGAAGAGAUCUGGUUUGUACAAUUCAAAGCCAGCUGCCACUUGAUGAGAAUACCGGAGAACUCUGGACUAUUGGUCAAUUAGUACAACGAGACAAGGGGGUAAAAAGGGAAAGAGCAUUGAUAUUGGUCCGGUCUGUGGCUGGAAUUUUUUUGGUUAUUAAUAGAUAAACGAAGGAAAUAAAUAUGCCGUCUGGGGUUUGACGGUGUGCAUUUAUGUUUCAUAAAUGUCUGGAAUUCAUUUAAUGCACUUACUUCAAUUGCA